AUGCAAGCCCUGCCUAUCAGUGGAGGAGAGCAAUGCAUUGGAUUUGCCAUCAAUGGAAGCGAGUUUGAAAAGCCAGAGAAUAAUCCAGCCAUCACUUGUGACUCUACUUGUGACAAAAAUACUACCUGCCACAUCACCAAACUGAAACUUGAUCUGAACUAUUUCACUGGUCCCCUACCAGCAUUCAUUGGCAAUAUGUCUGCGUUGACAGUAUUAUUUCUUGGAAACAAUAGUCUGUCUGGACCUCUUCCAAGCCAAAAGAGCAAUCAACUUCAGAAGAUUUGUCUUUACAACUAUUUCUCAGGAAGCUUUCCCCGAUGGGUAACCACAAUAUCGCAACUUCUUCCUGGAUUGAAUUGCCUCCCGAGGAAUUUUCCAUGCCAUCAAGAUGCAAACUUCUCAAUCAAGUGUGGAGGACCACAAAUGAGAGGAAAUGAUGGCAUAUUGUAUAAGGCUGAAGACUCAGCUCUUGGCCCAGCAACAUUUAAUGUAACCAGUACACAGAAAUGGGCUGUUAGCAAUGCGGGUUUUUCUGAUAAUUUGAAUCAAUCAUUUGUGGAAACCACCCUUACGCAAGUCUCCGGUGCAGAUUUGACACCAGAGCUUUACAAGACUUCAAGAGUGUCCCCAGGUUCACUGAGAUACUAUGACCUGGGUCUUCAAAAUGGACCUUAUACUGUCUCAUUGCAAUUUGCAGAAACGGUUUUUGCUAGCCGCGAUACACAAACGUCACAAAGUCCAGGAAGGCGUGUAUUUGAUAUCGAUAUUCUAGGGUACCUCAGAAGGAAGGACUUCGACAUAUCGAAGCAGGCAGGUGGGGUUAACAGAGCAGUUCCAAGACCCUUCAAGGUUAAUGUGACAGAGAAUUACCUGGAUAUUCAUCUGUUCUGGGCUGGUAAGGGAAUAUGUUGCAUACCUGAACAAGGUGAUUAG